UCCCUCCCGUCUCCCUGGAUUUCCCUCCAUAAUUUUGCCUACCUUCUACCUCCUUAGAUCUACUCUCUCUCUGAGCUCAGAUUAGUCCGCUGAUUCCUUCAGAUUUGGUUUACAUAUCUCCGACCUCUUCUGCAAGCGCAAUACACUUCUCUGCGCGCGGUAUACAUCAAAGAGGGUUUUAUGGAGAUCGCCAUUAGGGUUUGAAUCAGUAGAUCCAGGAAUAGAUGAAUCUCUCUGGUGACAAGGCAACUGGAUCUAUGGAUCCGAACGCGGAUCAGAGCAGCAGAGACUGUGAGCUCUCGAUUUCCGAUGGAUCGAAGAGCUGUACCGACUGCGGAACGACGAAGACUCCUCUGUGGAGAGGCGGCCCUUCUGGACCAAAGUCUCUCUGCAAUGCAUGCGGCAUUCGGUACAGGAAGAAGAGAAGAGCUGUGAUUGGAAGUACUAAGGAAAGAAGGGAAGCGACGAGAAACAGCAGUAAUAGCAAGCAGAUGACUUCUUUGAAGAUGAGAAUGAUGGGAUUUGGUAGAGAAAUUAUUUGGAAGUCUGGAAGCUUUAUUCGGAACCAGAAAAACAGAGGAUUGAAGGAGGAAGAAGAAGCCGCCAUUCUUCUUAUGGCCAUUUCUUCUGGAUUUAUCUACGCCUAGUUAAUUCCUAGAUUUUAAUUUUUCUACUGCUCACUAACUGAAAUCUGGAAUCUGCAAUCCGAUGCUUUUUUGUUUCCCAAAAUCG